GAGUUAAAAUUAGAAUUAAUUCAAAUGAAACAAGAAUUCAAUCGUGCCAAAGAGGCUUUACAAGCAAUGAAAGCAGAUAGAAAACGUUUAAAAGGAGAGAAGUUGGAAUUGUUAAAACAGAUUAAACAGUUGUAUGAAACUCUGGAAGAAAAGGAGGCGGAAUUGAGAGAUUUUAUCAGGAAUUAUGAACAGCGAGUUCAUGAGAGUGAUGAUACAAUAAAACAGCUUGUAACGGAGAAAGAAGAGUCAGAACGUGAGAAAUGGGAGAUAAUUAAGAAAGCUAGAGAUUCGGCAGAACGUGUGGUUAUUCUACGAGCUCAACUCGACUCUAAAGAAACACAAAUUAAAAAACUGGAAGCUGAACUAGUAGAGGUACGUAAACAUCAACAUUUACAAUUAUCACUAUUGUUUUAG